ACACUCAAAGGAAACACAAGGUAAAACUUCUAUGGCGCGAGAGCACACGGAUCGAUGACGUGGCAUCAAAAUUUCACCAUCCCGCGCAAACCCGGACUUCAAUUUUUUUCCUUUUCAACAUUUUUGGGUGCCCUUAUUAUCCCUCGCGCUCACAACCAAAAAACGCAUCCAUUUCUUCAACAAUACCAAACACUCUCCAAAAACCCUCACACCUCUCUCUCGCCGUUUCUCUCCCCAACCGCCAUGCCUAAGGCUAGCACCGUCGCCAAACCCGCCGAUAGCCGGUUGAAGCGAAAGGGCGCUGGAACCGGUACAAAGCAGUCGAAGAAGGCUUCCAAGGAUCCUAACAGACCGAAGAGGCCUCCAAGUGCUUUCUUCGUUUUCAUGUCUGAAUUCAGAGAGACUUUUAAGAAGGAGAAUCCUAACAACAAAUCCGUUGCUGUGGUUGGCAAAGCUGGUGGCAAAGAAUGGAAAUCGUUGUCAACUGCUGAUAAGGCUCCUUACGUUGAGAGGGCAGAAAAGUUGAAAGAGGAGUAUGAGAAGACUCUUCGUGCUUACAAUAUUGGAUUGGCUGAGGGGAAAACUCCUUCAGAGGAAGAAGGAUCCGACAAGUCAAAGUCUGAAGUCAACGAUGACGAUGAAGAUGAUGAUGAAGAUGACGAGUAAAGUUGCUGGAGACCAAAGAAUAAGCUUAGGAGUAACUGCAAUAGAAUCUUUUUUACUUAAUAGGUUCGCAUUGAUUAGGGAGAUGCUCUCGGUCAACAGCUGUUGUGUGAUAAAUAGUUUUUCAGUGCUUAGGGCUAUUAGAUUACAAUCUUUAUUUUAGAUUCAGCCGACAUGAUGUGUACUUAAAUCCCAUAUCUAUUAAUACAGACUCCGUUUUAAAUGGUACUUUAAUCUCAUGAACAGCGUUGUAUGUUGGAUAAUUUAAUUUGUUUUAUUGUUGAGACAUUGUUCUUGUUUCAA